AUGUGCGGGGGCAUGUGCUACCCGAUUUACGCUCCUGCGCCUCGCCCUGCGGGCUUGAUUAAACCUGACGACACCAGCCUCGACGCUGCUGCCCGUCGGUACCGUGAACGACCCGAACGCGUUGCAUCCGAACGCGAUACAUUGGAUGGCUGUGCCUCGGACACUUCUACUCUGACUUCCCUGUCCUUCAAGGAAUGUGACUCUACGCAGGUCUUUACGAAGGACAACAAGAUCACAACUGUUGAAGGGAGAAUGAAGUCAAAUCGCUCCUUCCAUGAUAGAUGGCUUGAUUUCAAACGCAAGCACUUGCCCUGA